UCUUGUUUUCACAGGAAGACGCUAAUGCAACGCAGAGAAAAUGGGCAGUUUGAGUCACUUUUGAGAAUCGCUUAAAAAUACCCUGAGAGGAUAAGCUGUAGGGUGAACUAUCCAAUUCACUUUCAAGGUGAGCAGCCUUUCAGCCAGUCACGUGCAGGUCUCUGUUGCUAUGGAUGCUUGUGCUCGUAUCAGAGGAGUUCCACUUAAAUCCAGGGCCUCAAUCCGAAAAGAGAUUGUGCGUGAUGGUGGUGCUCAGUGUGUGAAGAGCCUCUUAAGGAAUAAAAAGGAGCUGUGCAGCAUUGCCCUUGAGCUGCCAGCCAGAGACACAACAAGACUGACAGAGAUUAAUUUUGUGUGUCUGCCUAGUCAGUGUGAAGGAGAAGACGUCACCCAGCAGGCACUGACAUCUCUGCCAGCAGGACUGUGUGAGCUUCUGAGGUCCCUGCACAUUCACAGCCUCAGGAAUGAUGAGGUUCUGCUGCUCAAAGACUCCCGCAGGCUGGCAGAGCAUAGGGAUUCUGGGCCUCAGUGUUGGUUAAAGGCAGUGUGUGUGCUGAGGCAUAAUCCCAGUACAAGCUUCUACCCUCAGGCCAGUGUAGGAUCUUUGGUGAGCUUGCUGGGGUCCUACGUGGCAGGUGUUCGCUAUGCUUUGGAGCUUCAGGCCCUUCAGAGGGGUACAGCUGAGCCCAGCCAGCCAGAGGAAGAUGACACCAACCAGUCAGUUUCAUCAAUUGAGGAUGACUUUGUCACAGCCCUGGAGCAUCUGGAGGAGGACGACACAGGAGACAAUCCCUCCGCAUCUUCCUAUCUCCAUUUUAAAAAGCGUGAUGUGGCAUCACAGACAGUCCCAGCUCACAAGAGAAGAAAGGAAUUAUCGGGCUCCCGCAUUAUCAUGAGCUCAUCUUCAAAGAAGUGUUCAACCAAACAUAGAUCAGGUCCAGAUGUAUCUGUCACAGUACAGAGGUCGUCCGGCAUGGAAUCCCAGUGGACUUACUGCAGUCCUGGAGCUCGCGUCCCUUCGCCUUUGAUUCAUGUUAGUGAAUCUGAAGAGUCAGACUGCUCCAGUCCCAGCCCAAUCAUAUUCUUAGAUGAGGUGGGCUACCAGAAGAGCCUGUUGGCCAAACUGGACAUACCUCAAGUGCCAGGGGGGCCCAGAGAGCGAGUUGAAGACUCGGACUCUGAAGUCAGUGAAUUCUUUGAUAGUUUUGACCAGUUUGAUGACCUGGAGGAGCUGAGCUCAGAGAGCUGCACUCUCACACUGCCCCUGGAUGGCAUCAGCGCCACAACCACACAGAAAAAGGCAGAUGAAUCUAACAACAAUGGGUCAGCAUCCAAAUAUGUUUCGAGAGGCAGCUCAACCAAGGGUAUGAAUCUUCACCGUUUUGACCAGCCCACUCUUCCAGCCAAUGUGAAAAAACCUACUCCUCUCAAACCAGGUUCUCCCUAUUCACUUCACUCUGAGGUGCCUGACUCCCCUCGACCAGUGCAGACCCCAUCUGAGGAGAAUGGUGGUCCACUCUUCAGUCCUGUCAGCUCCUCAGCCUUCAGCCCUCUAGUGGACUCUAGUGGAACACUGGGAUACUUCUGGAAGACAGAUGAGGAUGGAAGGGACAGCUCAGAACUACGUAAACCCCAGGAUCUCUGCUCUUUGUAUAAGACCUACUCAGACUUCGCCAGCAGUCUUUCCAAGGAAAUUCUGGGAUCUGUGUGUGGUUACCAGUCUGCUGUUGACAUCAGUGACAACAAGAAUCUCAGCUGUGUCUGCCACAAGGAAUUCAAGAACCCUUCAGGCUACCUGAUGAAGCUCUCGGAAAUACAAGAGACUGUAACAGUGGCUAAGGUGCAGAAGAAAUCACAGUCUCUGAAGGAUGGCAUUCAGAGGUUUGCCGCUGACCUGGUGGAAAUGAGUUUGGGCAGUGCCUUGCGAGACCUUCAAAAAGGUGUGUCCUCCUGUACCACAACCUUGUGUCAGCUAGCUGCCAGGCUCACAUCGUCUGUAUUUCAGAUGGCCUUCCAUGAGAUUGGUAUGCGGCAUGCCUCUGUGUUGAAGGAGCGAGCAAUCAAUGGAUUAGCUGGCUUUCUAGUUGGAGAGGCUGUGUCUGGGGCGCUGAAAGAGUUCCUAACAGUGAAAAAGCAGAUUUUCCAUAGCACAGUGACACGUUUUGCUGCAGAUCUGGCUGAAGAGCUGGUCUUUGAAGGCAUUAUGGAAGUGUGUCAGUUCUCCCAUCCCUCAACCCCCCUCACCCCUAGUGAUUGGUCCUUUGGCCACAGGCAGGAUGAAGAGGAGGAGGAGGAGGUGGUUUCCUCAUAUGCUUCAGACUUGUCUGAGUCUGUUAUUCAGGAGGCCUUCAUAGAGCUCUCUCAGGCCGAUGUUGCCUUCACGAGUCAAGCGGCUAUUAGUGUGUCUCUGGACAACAUGUGUUAUGUCAGUGCCGAGACCACUGGCACUCACACCUGCAGUACCUUUGCUAACCAGCAAGCUGCUGGCUCAGCUGCAGCAGUCCCCGGACCCUCAGGAGAGGAUUCUACCUGCACGGUGAAGAAAGCCCUGUUCACUGUAUCAGGCAUGGCCAGCUGUAUUCCUGUGCCACAAGCAGGCCAAGCCCUGUCUCACAUCCAGGAGUCUGAGGAGACCUCUCAAUGUAAGUCAAGUUUGUCAGAUACACCACAGGCCAGCCCCAAAAGAGUGACGGUAUCUUCCUCGGACACCACCACAUCUACAAAAACUCACCUUUACAGUCAUGGAACUCAGACUCCUAUACCUGGAGGAGAUUCAUUGCAAGGAAAGUCCCCAUUCCAAAACUUCUCUGGCAACAUGGUGGAUAUGAUCGUAAGUGAGGCUUGUGAGCUAAUAACUGCUUCUAAGAUGAAGAAGAGUUUUGGUGACUGUGCUGAUUUCUUAACAAAAACAAUUGGAAGUGGAAGGGGUUCUUCUUCUAAGCAGGAGAUAGUUAAUUAUGAGGCUCCAGAUUCCCCUUCAAAGCAGGGAGCUGACAGGGAGAGUUUCAGAUAUGACUGUAUGAACUCUGGGUAUGUUAAGAAGGAUAGUCCAGUUCAGCAAGCAAUAGAACCUUGCAUCCCUCACAUUUCCUUUCAGACAGGCUUUCAACACCAAGGGAGAGCAAGCUGUGAGUUUGACUCCAGGACCAGAGGUGUAGCUGAAACCCAUCCUGUGAUUAAGGAUACUCUUGAUGUGCCGGGUGCUGAGGUAGGUGGACAAAGGAGGACAUCUGUUCCUGGAGAUGACUCAGUUCCAAGCUCUGGCCAAAAAUCUGGUGAGACUCCUGGCACUCCUCCUUCUACCCCUCAGCAGCCCAGUGAGGUGUCCAAGGAAAAACAGAUAAAACAGUUCUCCAAGAAGCUGAAAAGCAAGCUGGCCAAGGAAUUUUCCCCUGCUACUCCCCCACCCACCCCCCACUAUCAACCUGAUUCUGGCCCAGGUCCAAAAGACAUUACCCCUGAGGCAGACAAGGCUGAGUUUAUGCUCAAAUUGAUGAGGUCUCUUUCUGAGGAGGCAGAUGACAAUGAGGAGGAAGAAGAAGAUGGCAGUGCUGGUGGCACUAACAGAUGUUUAGAGACAGGGAGUGGCAGGCAUGAACCGAAACAGAUUUCUGCUCACAGAAUGUCCAACAAGGAAGCUCUUCACUAUGCUGAGCGGUUGGCUUGUCACAUUGUUUCCAUGGCAACGGAGAUGGAUACCCUAGGAGUGGAAGAGGAGGAGGGAGCGAUGAGCAAGGGCAGGGAGAGAAGGAGAGACAGUGUGGCUCAGUUCUCAGAGCAGACCUUGAACACCUUGUGGGUAUAUGCUGGGGAGGUGGCUGGAGAGGUCAUCAAUGAUGUGAAGAAGAUGGUGAGCUGUGCCCAGCAGUGUCCAUGUCACAGAGCUCUUAGAAGAAGAAGCUUUGAGAGAUCUAGUUCUGAAUGUUUGCAUCACCACUAUCAACACCAGUCUCAACCCAGUAUGGAACAGAACAGAGACUUGAGGGUAGGGAGGCUGGCCGAACAAUGGUCUAAUGACCUGAUAGCCUCUGUCUUCCGGUCUUCUGCCUCCACUUCAAGCACCAUCUCCAGCUCCAGCUCUGACCUGUCCUCCGAGUAUCCCAGCUGCGAGAGUGUGACAGAUGAAUAUGCUGGCUACCUAAUCAGGGUACUGAAAAAGGAGGGGGGCAGUAGGGAGUUGAUUCUAGACCAGUAUGCCAGCCGUUUGGCCUACCGCUCCAUAAAACUAGGUCUGGCUCAUGCCAGUCGCAGGAUCAAGCAGAGAUCCUCUAGUGCUCGCCUUCACUCUUCCAAGUCUCUGCCAGAUGAAUGGAAAACUUCUGGCAGCGUGGCCUCGUCUCCAGAGACCAGGGCAGAGUCAGUCGUUUGUACCGCAGGCGAGGAUGCUCAGUGUUAUUGUCAGGACUCUGAAGAGCAAAGUCAGAGGGAGUACAUGGAUCUGUUAAACUUUGCAGAGUCUUUAGCUUACAACAUCACCUGUGAUGUCACACGCAAACUGCAUCUUUCCUCAGUACGGUUGCCCAAGUCUCUCACUGACUCUUGUCUUUAUAAGAAAUCUAAACUUGAAGAUAUGGCAGAGAAUCUCAUCAGAAACUCCUUCUCCUGCCCACUGUUGUCCAAGGAGGGUAAGAGCAAGCAUUAUCACAGUACUGGAAGCCUGUAUGACGGAGGCUACAGGAGUAGGGUGAUGCAGGUCAUUGAGCAUUAUGCCAGGAAAAUAGUUGAUGAUACUUUGAAGAUGAGCUUGGCUUCAAUUGGACAUUCAUCCCGGGAGCAUCCGAAGACCCAAGUCCAUGACAGACAAUCUCACACAGAGAGGUUGUCUGCGGUGCCAUCACUGGUGGAGAGGACAUGCCGUUAUUGUCAGGUCCAGGAGUGCCCGUACUGCAACAAAUUUAGCAGACACAACCACCAGUCUGUCUUACAGCGGAGGAAAAGAGGGCCGGAAUGCCAGGCAAGGGCUGAGCGGCUCCCUUGCCUGGAGAUUCCCAAGAUCCACAUUAACUUGGACCACAGGGCAGCAUUUGCAGAGGAGAUGGUGUCCGCAGCAAUGGAGACAGCUAGGCGUGAGCUGAGCAACACCAGCCUUAAUGCUGACAGUGGUAUUGGUCAUGAUGGAACCAGCUACGCUGAGAGCCUAACAGCUGAGAUCAUGACAUCAGCCCUGUCCAACAUCUGCCAGGCUUCCAGCAUCAGCUUUCCAGGCAGGGAUGCCAAUGAGUCCUCUGUGUCCCACCAGCUGAGUGUGGGAGAUGACAGUCUGGGCAGCUGGUCUAACCUGAGCUUUGAGGAUGAGCACCCAGAUGACAACAGCAGUUUCCUCCAUCUCAGCGACAGCAGCAAUGGGAACAGCAGUAGCUGGAGCAGUCUGGGCCUGGAGGGGGAGGCUUGUGAGGAGCGCAUGUCAUUCUCUCCCUCCGACAGUGACAAUACUGAGGACAAGGAGACUGAGGUCAAAGAGGAAUCUGGUGGGACUCUCUGUGUGGACAGGACUAAGGUGCAGUCUCCCAGGACUGCACUGGUCAUAGUGAACUCAGGCAUCUCAGGCCCUCAACACGUGACCCUGGACCUGCAGCUCAGGAGCAUGCUGCAGUGGAUGGCAGCUUCCAUGGCUGACAUCCCCCAGAUCCAGCUGAGUCCUGACAGAGAGCUCCAGCAGCUCCCAGCAGUGGUCCAAAGACUUCGUGAGAGGAAAUGGAGGGUGGGAGAGCUGCUGCACACACUGCUGCGCUAUUGUGAAGAUAGUCAAACACACAGUCAGUCCCAGGCCAGACAGGAGGCACUCCAGGCGGGCAGAGAACUUCACAACAUCCCCCUCUUUCAGUGGCUCCUUGAGCACACCUAGGGCUUCUCCUCUCCUCUCUUCUCUCCUUAGUUAUAGACGGGGCUUUGCAAACUCCAUAACUCCUAGAGGGUGCCAUACCAAUCUGAUGACUGUGGGCGGUGUGUAUUUUGCAUUGCAUGCUGUGACCAAGAGUACUUCUGUUGUAUUUAAUUUGUCUGUCCACCUUCUGGUUUGCUGUUGAUGUUCAGUAUUCAUCGGGCUGCGUAUAUCACAUAUGUUGAUUUAGUGAGCUGUCUUUUCCGCCCACCUCCAUCUCUGAAUUAAAGCCCUCACACCUUGCUGGCGCUGUGCUUGAGCUCCAGAAAGUAAAGGAGAGAAGAGACAACCAUCCCAUCUGUCCCAGACAGAAACUGAAAUGCAAUGAGUUGAGAGUAGGAGAAUGUGUUUUUUGUUAGGGAAUCCCCAUAGCUGCUGGGCAGAUGAUGUCAUCACACCCACAGCUCACCUCUGCGGUGAUGUUUCCACAUGACAAGAGACCAACUGUGCGCAUACAUAUACACGCACCACACCCUUGUAUCAUCAGAAGGAAUCCAAGAUACACUGACACUCAUCACCAUCUGACACAAUUGUUCCCCAAUGGUAUUCCUUUAUUGUAUUAAUCAACUCACAAUGACUGUGCUUCAUUCACAUUUUGUUCCAGUGAAGUUUUUCUCUGGAGCACUGACUAAGCAUGAGAUGGUAUAAUGUACCCUCACAUUAAAAAGAUAUAAAAAGAUGUGCUGCCAUAGAUACAGACUGACAGGACACUGUUGUUAAGUUGUAAAACCCAUAUCUUCAGUAAAGUGUACUAUGCUGUCUUUUUUGAUUGAUCAAAAUGGGCCAUUCAUUUGGUGGUAGAAUGAUAAAUAUUGCUUUGAUGAAGUUGCCUCUUGCCAGUAUUGGUAUUUCUGUGUUAUCCAAUACUGUAACACUGCUUGUCUAGCCUCAAUCUCCUUUGUUUUCAAACUUAGUAAAUACUUAGAGUGGAUGAUGUUUACCAGGGCGGUCGGUAUUAAAGAAGAAAAGUCUAUUUUUUGAAGGUAGAGGCUGUCUAAUCAUAUAUGAAAUGCUGCUCAAAGCUAUCAAAAGAAGCCAUGAAAUUGGCUCAAUGUUGCCAAAUGUAGCUUAUAAGGUGACUCUCCUCUCCUCCAGUCAGUGAAUGGUCCACUGGUCAUCUGUGACAGUGGACCGCGUCCACUUAGGGGGAAGAUCCAGUGACGCAGAUAGUGGAUCUUUUCAUAAUUUAAGACAUCCCUAUGGUCUGCACCUCCAAAACCACAAAUUUAACAGAGUGUACAUUGCUCAAGCCUGGACUCACACAUCUUGUCACCCACGCUUCACAGUCACCUUGUGGAAUGAAGAAUUCUGAAUACCACAAUUUCCUAGCACUAACCAGCACAGCACUGACCCCUCUAACACACACCCUUGUUACUCACCAACCCCCAGUUUGACAUCCACAUGCACAGCACUACCAGCUACUUGCUGAGAAGCACUUUUUUUUUUUUUUUUUUUUUUUUUUUUGAUUUGGCAGGGGAGAGACUGGGCAUUUCCAGCCGUGCCCACAAACCUCUCUUGGCCUUCCUUUGUGAAUUUACUCCUGGCAUUAAGAGUCUGCUCUGGAGUCAGUUAAUGUACAUGCACCGUACCCCCCCAUCUCCCCAUCUCCCCAUACAAAAAUGAUUGGGAUAUGUUUUGCUCUUGUCAUAUAUUUAUUGUGUUUUAUUUAUAGGUGAGGGACUGAAGGAUGAUAUGAUGCUGCAAGGUUCUUAAAUUGAUUUCUGGACCUCCUUUGUGAGUUUGAAACACUGUACUAUACCACUGCCUCGCAUCUAAUAUAAACCAAGUAUUGGUGGUGGUGUUCACCUGCAUGGCUUAAUCUUUGACUUUUAAAGCUCAGCAUUGUUCUUCAUCCUAAUGUAUAGACCCACACUAACUGAGCUGCAGUGCUCCCUCUGCUGCCUCACAGUAUUCUAUAGGUCUGUGCAGAUGCCUUGUCUGUUACUGCUUAAUCACCAGGCUGCCAAAUGGCUGUAUAAUCUUAAAGGUGUUUGUCCUGUAUGAUUUGUUUACACAAAUGAAUAUAUCACAAAAUCCACUAUUUUUUAAGAAAAAUACACCCAGAGUGAUAUAACUUGCUAUUAAAAAUAAUAGCAGAAAAGAAGACGGCAAAGUAUUAACCUGAGUGAAUGCAUCUAUUUUGGUUUACAUUAAAGGAAUGUAUUAAGAGUCAUGGACAUGACACAUGAAGAGAGUGCAUCUGUGUACAAAUUCUUUCCCAGUGUGAAUGUUUAGUUUUUGAAGUAGGACUUUCCCAGGUUCUUUCCACUGCCCAGCCCCCUCUACUAUUUUACAUUCCUGUGCAUCCCAAAUGACCUAUAGUGCUAUAUUGUUGUGUUUGUGAAAGCUGAAUGUGUACCUGCAAAGACUCAGCUCCAUUUAGAAGCAUAUACUGUAAAUCUGUUUUGUUACUGUUGUUCCCAGUGUUAUGUUCUGCCUCUGUCCAAACAGACAGGAAAAGAAAAGCGAAAAGAAAAAAAAAAAACAAACUCCAUUAACUUCUUUAUUUUUCCUGCUUCCUUGUAAAAUCCUGCCAAAUGAAGAUAUUUAAUAAAUUAUGUAAGUUAUAUAACAGUGAAUUCACUACUUGUCCUCCCUAGUGGCAUUGCUAAAUAGUUAACACGUUCUACACUUGAAGUUAAAAGAAACUAAAUUUGUUUAUGUUAAAGCUUGGUGUGACAAUAAAGCUUUUUCGUGUCAUGUU